CGUAGCGCAGCCGUUGGUUUAAACCUCUGCAGGUCGUCCCGCCGUCGUGAAAUGUUCGUUAACUCUUAACGUUCAGUCAAACACGGCGCUGACUACAAGCAGGGAACUCUGCUGUGUUUCAUUAAAGAAGAAGAAGAAGAAGAAGAAGAAGGAGAAGAAGAAGAAGAAGAAGAAGAAGAUGGAGUUAGAGGCGACGGAGACGGUCCGCUCCACGCCGAGCCGCCAUGAGAAGAGUCUGGGGCUCCUCACCAUGAAGUUCGUCAGCCUGCUGCAGGACGCGAAGGACGGCGUGCUGGACCUGAAAGUGGCUGCAGACAGCUUGGCAGUGAAGCAAAAGAGGAGGAUAUAUGACAUCACCAACGUACUGGAAGGAGUGGGGUUGAUCGAGAAGAAAAACAAGAACAUAAUCCAAUGGAGGGGAGAGAACACAGGCAGCCAAACUGAGGAGGUGCAAGAGCAGGUGACUGUUUUGAAGGCCCAAAUUUCUGACCUGGAGGCUCAAGAAAAAGAGCUGGACAACCAGAAGACAUGGCUAGAGGAGAACAUCAAACACUAUAACCUCGAUCCCUUCACCAGCAAUUAUAAAUUUGUCACACAUGAAGACAUCUGCAGUGCCUUCAGCGGAGACACUCUUCUUGCUGUAGUGGCUCCUGCGGGGACCCAGCUGGAGGUACCACUACCUGAAACGGGCCAGACUGGUCAGAAGAAGUACCAGGUGAACCUACGCAGCCACUCGGCCCCCAUCCAGGUCAUGCUCAUCAACAGGGAUUCAGACUCCACAAUACCUGUGGUCUUCUCCGUGCCGCCCACUGACGACAUCUGUCCAAUGCCGACUCCACCGAGCACCCCCGCCAGCCUGCAGAGGUUCCCUCUCUCUACGUCAGUGUACUCCACUUCCAACACCACCUCCUCCUACUGCAGCCAGGACUCUCUCUGCUCAGACCACCAGAUGGUGCUGCCUGACCAUGAUGAAGUGCUGACUCCGUCGUCCACCCCUCCUGAUGUGCAGAUGGAGUGCCACAGUCAGUCAGCAGCAGUGUUGGAGCAGCAGAUGGACCUGGCGGGCCCAGAGUUCCAGUCUGUGCUGGACAUGAGCAGCCUGUUGAAGCUCAAUGCUGCUGGAGACCACAUGAAGGACGACAGAGAGGGAGCGGUCGACCUGAUUGAUGAGCUAAUGUCGACUGACGGAAUAGACUACAGCUUUAACCUGGACGACAACGAGGGCGUGUGUGACCUGUUUGAUGUGCAGAUCCUCAACUAUUGAUGGCUACCUGCUCCUCCUCUGCUGUACGCUUUUACAAUCUCAGGAGCCGCCUUUGCCUCUCUCUAAAGACUCUUCAAAGAUGCCUUUUCCCAUUUUGUUUGGAUGCACAGCUGAUACUCAAACAUGCCAUUGUCAUCUUAAAAAAAAAAACUCCAGACAACGUUAAUACAAAACAGUGCCUGAUUUUGAUUUACCAUGAGAAAUUUGUGAAGCCACGAGUCAUUAUAUGUCCAGUUGAAUGGUUUUACUGGCUCAAUAUAAUUCAGAGAAAUUAGUUGCCUAGUCGAAGUAAGUCAGGACAAAUCCUUCAGCCUGCUACUGCACUUUUGUAUUUUCACAUUUUUCCACAUCCAGUGGAAAUUCUGGGAUUAUACGACCGCUUUACUUUCUGUUCAUGAACAGUUGGGAUUGUGAGAGUGUUUUCAUUUUAGUUUAUAUUCACAGUUACACAUAACAAUUCAGUAUUUGCUGCUCUCUAACGUUUGAUACAGGGUCAAAGAUCUAGUUCUGGCUAUGUAGUAGGUAAGUAACUUAGGUUAUGGUUCUUUAAAAAGCGUAUUGUGUAAAACUUUACACAAUUUAAUAGCUAUAUUUGAUAAAAUGGCAUAUUGUAUUUAAUGAGUGAAUGUUUGGGUUACGUUUUGUGACCUUGUUCCCAUGUGAAAAUG